UGACGUAGUAGCAUCAUGCAUUGAAUGCGCGAGAUUGAAUGGUCAAGAGUUUGUUGUGGCUUCAUCAGCAGCAGGUAGAAAACAGUAAAGGGAAACAAAAAUAUCAGAGAAAACACACACGCCUCUACUGCAGCCAAGAGUGUAAGGGAAUUCAACUUGCCGUGGCUGGCCGGUGGAAAAGAAUUCCAUUAUAACUUUCAGCAAACAUUUUUUUUCAUCGAACGUGAUUUUUAUGUGGGAGGAGAGUGACUGUCCCAGCUGAGGAGCCGUAAAAAUACACGGGGAUCAUCUUGUUAGCUAACUAUUUAGCAUGCCAGCGUCGUUGCCUUUUAAACUGGCAUAGUCCACUUGCUACAUUUUGUUUGGAAUUUAUCAAUCUGUUGUGAUUCUGAUGGUGUGAAUAUAUUUUAUCACAUCAAUCUAGCUAGCUAUGUUUUGAGCUUUAGCAUUGUGGUCCUCGCUAACAUCGUUAGCCACUUUUAAUUAACUUAGCUAGCUACCGUUAGUUACUUGCGCUAGUAUUGUUACACAUUCACACAUAUUUUGCCUGUUAUUUGCAUAGCUAGUGUUAUUGCGUUCAAAUUAUAGUAUUUUAGCUGUUUUCUUUACGAGUUUGUUUUCUGCACUUGAAGUACCAAGCUAACUGGCUACUUAGCUAGCUAAUUUGGUAAUUAGCCACACCAGCUAGCGCGAGCUAGUGUUCUGUGAACGAUGCACACUGGUCCUCGCGCAGCUUUUUCCAGUCUGGGAAAAUAAUGCUCUGUUUUGAUAAGCCCCUUUGAACCACUGCAAGUGUGAUUCUUGAUGUAUGCAUCUAGCUAGCAAGGUGUUUGCACAUUUUGUUUUGUCUUUAUUUUUGCAUUAUUUUGAAUGCAUAUUUUAUUCGCCGGACAGAACGCUUUUCUUCUUGUUUUAGCGUGAGGCGCUGUCUGCCAGCUCCCUAGUUAGUGCAUGUGUCCGUUGCUUUUUUUCCCUGUAUGUUUCUUAGGGCUACACAGCUAGCUUGCCAGUUGCUUAGCUAGUAGCAUUUAUUCGCUAGCUUACCGUGGUUAUUGACAUCGGCGAGCAGCACAAAUCGUUUAUGAAUGUGGAACUGCUUUGGAAUUUUAAUUUUUAGGUUAAGUAGCUGGCUGUAAUUAAUUACUAUCAGCCAGUGGCGUAUGAUUUGCGCUGGGGGUUUCAUUGUUAGCUAGCUAUCUGGCUAAUUGUGUGUAUUCGAUUGUGAGAAAAGAAGCGAGGUUUCUUUGAAAGUAGCUAUGGAUGAUCAGACGCGAAUGCUGGCGGGUCUCGCCGGACUCGGCGGGUUAUCGCAAGGCGACGUUGGCGACUCGGUUAGGAAACAGCUCGGUCAACCGCAACAAGACAUUGGGGAUAUUCUACAACAGAUCAUGGCCAUCACAGACGAAAGCCUGGACGAGGCGCAGGCCAGAUGCUGGCCAGAGGAGUCGCCGGCGCACUGGGGUGGAUCAGAUGACCCCGCAGAGGGAGGGGGAGCUGGGGGGGGCACGGCAGGGGGUGGCCUGCCGCUCAACUUCCAGCACAGGAAACAUGCCCUGAACUGUCACAGAAUGAAGCCCGCCCUCUUCAGCGUUCUGUGUGAGAUCAAAGAGAAGACAGUGCUGAGUAUCCGAGGCAUUCAGGAUGAGGACCCCCCAGACCCCCAGAUCAUGCGUCUGGACAACAUGCUGCUGGCCGAGGGCGUGUCUGGCCCGGAGAAGGGCGGGGGCUCAGCUGCAGCGGCGGCAGCCGCAGCAGCAGCAGGAGGGUCGCCCGGCGCCGACGGCGGCAUCGAACACUCGGACUACAGAGCCAAGCUGGCCCAGAUCAGACAGAUCUACCACUCUGAGCUGGAGAAAUACGAACAGGCAUGCAGUGAGUUCACCAACCACGUGAUGAACCUGCUGAGGGAGCAGAGUCGCACACGGCCCAUCUCUCCCAAGGAGAUCGAGCGCAUGGUGGCCAUCAUCCACCGCAAGUUCAGCUCCAUCCAGAUGCAGCUCAAACAAAGCACCUGCGAGGCCGUCAUGAUCCUACGCUCCAGAUUCCUCGACGCCAGGCGUAAGAGGCGAAACUUCAACAAGCAGGCUACAGAGGUGCUGAACGAGUACUUCUACUCCCAUCUCUCCAACCCCUACCCCAGUGAGGAGGCCAAAGAAGAGCUGGCCAAGAAGUGUGCCAUCACCGUCUCACAGGUUUCUAAUUGGUUCGGCAACAAGAGAAUACGGUACAAGAAGAACAUUGGGUCAUCGGGGUCAUACAGCUUGUCUCAUGCAGGCGACGCUGCAGCUGCUGCCUACCUCGGCCUGCGCCCCUCGAACCUCAACGGGGCCGGGGAGGCCGUCCUCAACAUCGCCCCUUCUCUGCAGCCCCAGGUGGAUACCCUGCACCGUGCUACACACCUGACGGCAGGCUAUGAGGAGCUGACCGCUAGCGCCCUCUACACCCCACACCGCCUCCACAUUAGCAACAGCUGGCAGGACACCACCCACCCCUCCUCCGUCACCUCUCCACCAGGCCCCCCUGGCAGUGUCCAAUCUGACACCUCCAACUGAGACACCCCACCCCCCCUCCUCUUCCUCCACCCCAGAGACCCCUCUUUCUUUUGGGGUCUGCUCUGACCACUACCCACCUACUCCCCCAUCCUCCUUCCUGCCUGCCUCUCCACUACCGGUCCAGACUGGGCAGCUCAUUUCAGGCGCUGUACACACUCUCAAACACACACACACACUUCUGUGGACCGUUAAGAUGGACAACUGAACAGAAGACAUUUCCCUUCCUUACACCCUACAGAAAUUCUGGAGGCUCCUUUGUCUUCAUAUCGAAUUUGAGGAGAGGAGACUGACUGGCACCUACCUGAUCAUGACAUCAUAACCCCUCGCCACCUCCAGGAUCUUUGAGGAACUAGUAACCCAACCAACCUAGCUGUGUAGGGCAGGUGAUGAUCACUGAUGAUGUCUGUACAUUACCUGUGUACAGUGAGGGGGAAAAAGUAUUUGAUCCCCUGCUGAUUUUGUACGUUUGCCCACUGACAAAGAAAUGA